CUCCACUACCAGCACCCAACAAGAUGUUUCCCACUCGCGCAUUGCUAUCGCGCUCCGUCUGGAAGGGCCCGAAUAUCGUCCCUCUCCCCCUUCCGCGCAAACUGCCCCCUCCGCCGGGAACUCCGCCGAUCAAGACGCAGAAGCGCGGCGCGACCAUCCUGCCUAACUUCGUGGGCCUGCGGUUCUCGGUGCACAACGGGAAGAAUUAUCAGGAUGUUAUAAUCACGGAGGAGAUGGUGGGGAGGAAAUUGGGUGAAUAUGUGCCUACCCGCAAGCGUUUCACCUACAAGCAGUCCAAGAACAAAUAGACUCAUUCCUAUUUGUACUGGGUGUCUUGCUCGCUAUUGCAUUCCUCUGUUUGUGCUGUCGGUGGAGUUCUUUUCUUUUAUAUUUUCCCCAUAUCUGUCUUCGACGGAUACGUGAGGUCCACCCUGUAUCCUGAUUCUGGGUCAGGACUGUGGCAGCAAACCUGGCCAUCGGCUUGGACUUGCAUGGUCUUGUUUUACUGGCGUUUUCAUCCUAUUUCCUUUUUUGCCUGAUGUAAAUCUAUACAGUGUGUUGCAUGUAAAUUAGCUGUCAAAUGUG